GGGACCCCGCGCUUGCGUGCCGUGGGCUCCGAAAGGUUGUUCUGGAGACACCCCGAGGCCAGACCCCACGACAUGCAAGGCAACGCCACCCUGGCGACCGCCUGCGCGCCGUGGGCGCCCGAGAACUGCAACGUGUCGUUCGAGGAGAGCAGGGUGGUCCUGGUGGUGGUGUACAGCGCGGUGUGCACGCUGGGCCUGCCGGCCAACUGCCUGACCGCGGGGCUCACGCUGCUGCAGGCGCGGCAGGGCAACGUGCUGGCUGUCUACCUGUUCUGCCUGGCGCUGUGCGAGCUGCUCUACGCGGGCACGCUGCCGCUCUGGGUCGUCUACGUGCAGAACGGGCACUGCUGGACCCUGGGCCUGUGGGCCUGCAAGGCCACCGCCUACAUCUUCUUCUGCAACAUCUACGUCAGCAUCCUCUUCCUGUGCUGCAUCUCCUGCGACCGCUUCGUGGCGGUGGCCUACGCCCUGGAGAGCAGGGGCCGCCGCCGCCAGAAGACCGCCGUGGCCAUCUCCGCGUCCAUCUUCGUCCUGGUGGGGCUGGUCCACUACCCGGUGUUCGGCAUGGAGGACAGGCAGACCUGCUUCGAGGCCCUGCACAUGGACGGCAGGGUGGCCGGGUACCACUACGCGCGCUUCGCCGCCGGCUUCGCCGCGCCACUGUCCAUCAUCGCCUUCACCAACCACCGCAUCCUCAGGAGCGUCAGGCGGAGCCAGGGCCUGACCGCCGCCCAGAAGGCGCGGGUGAGGCGCUCGGCCGUGGCGGUGGUCCUCAUCUUCCUGCUGUGCUUCGCGCCCUACCACCUGGUGCUGCUCGUCAAGGCGGCCGCCUUCUCCUACUACCAGGGGGACCCCGGCGCCGUGUGCGCCUUCGAGGCCAGAGUCUACACGGUCUCCGUGGUGUUUCUGUGCCUGUCCACGGUGAACAGCGUGGCCGACCCCAUCAUCUACGUGCUGGCCACGGACCAUUCUCGGCAGGAGGUGUCCAGAAUCCACAAGGGGUGGAAAAACUGGUCCAUGAAGACGGAUGUCACCAAGCUCACGUGCUCCAAGGACUCGGGGAACGCGGGGUCCCCCACGGCGCUCACAAGCCACUACGCCUUCUCCGGGCCUGUCCCCCCGCCAGGCUCCCCGUGCCCGCUGUGGAGGCUGGGCGAGGAGUCCUGCUGAGCCCUGCAGGGGAGGACGGGGGCCGGCAGGAGGGGGCCGCUGGCUGUGGAGACCCCGUGAGCGUCUCUGAAGACACAUCGCCGGUUGUUGUUCCU